AUGUCAAAUUUGGAGUAAUAUCUAUUUUAAACCAUAGAUAAUUAGCAAAGAAAAGAAGCCAAGUCAGUUUUCUUAGUCAUUGAAGGAAUCAUCAUUUUCAUUCUCUACUUUUUCAUUCCAGAGGCAAUUGAAGUUAAAUCCUUUCUAAAAUUGAUUGAUCAAUGGAAUAUGCAGCCUAUUACAGAAAUAUAAAGAAUAAGUUCAUCUGAAAGUUGUCCUUAUGGAUACUAAGCUCUGACUGCUCCAUUUUAUGGAACAAAUAGGUACUGUAUGACUUGGUAUACUGUAAAGAUGGGAAGUUGCAGCAAAAAGGAGAAUGAGGAUGACAAUGGCUAUGAUGAUACAGUAUUAUGGACUAAAAAUUUUGAUCAGUUAGGUGGCUUCAAGAUUUGCUACAAAAGAGACGAGCAAAAGAGAACAUAUUAUGACUUGUAAAACGAUCCCUUGUUCCAGCAAGGUCUUUAUCAUUUCAAUCAAUACAGCCCAGAGCAAAAUAAACUUUCUAAUUCCCUCCAUAAUGAUAAUUAUGAUAGGUUUUAUUUCUCGGUAUCAGGAAGUGAUGAACCGAUUGUUGAUUUAAAACUCUCGUUUUUACCUUACCCGUGUCUGAUUGAAAACGGAGAGCGCUAUAAAAAUAAAAGAGAAAUUAGCAGGAUAUUUGCAUAACCGAAUUCUUGCAAGGAAAAACCAUUUUUAUCUGAAGAUGAAUCAGAAAACAAGCUAUUUAAAAAAGUUGACAAUUUCUAGAUUCAGGAAUACCGAGUGCUUGAUGAGAAUGGAAUAUUUCCAAAGAUAGAUAAUUAUAACCCACACAGACACGACAUUAAGACUAUUUACGACAGAGACCUAUUCAAGAAUUAGUAUUAUCAUAUGUUUUACCAAAACUAUAUGAAGUACUCUCAUGAGUGUAAUUCACACAAAGAAUUUAAAGUAUCAGAGUUUGUGCGAUUAAUUAAAAAAUUCUAAGAACUUGAAAAUCUUAAUUAUGCUAUACUAUUGGUGCUAUUUCUUGCUUUUCUAUGGACUUGCUGGAUGAAUCAGCAUAAGCAUUAGAUCCUCUUCAAAUUCAUGACAUUAGGAUAUAUUUUCUUUGCAUAUUACUCAAUAAUGGCAAUCUUCAUUCAAAGUGAUGAAUCUCAUAAGAUUGCUUAAUUUAUUGAGAGGAAGUGCAUUCCUGAUGAAACUGCUUCUUAAUCAUUAUUAAAUAUUGAGGAAGGAAUGCUAUCAAGUAGGAAUUUUAUGAUGUGGACAAUACCCACUUUAUUGAUUAUGAAGAUGGUUUCUGAAUAUUUUAUUAAUUUCUGA